AUGUCUGAAUUGUUUGGUGAUAUUUUUGCAGGUGCUGGAGGUAUGGAUGAGUUUGAACAACAUGUUGCAUCAUCAAGUGAAUCGGAAGGAGUUAAUCAGUCCUACAGAGUUUCAACUUCUAUGGAUCAAUUAAAAAGACAAGCUUCGAAUUUUGUUGGGCUUAGAAAUCAAUCAAAUAUUUUGAAUUUAAAUUUGGAAAAAUAUAAGAAAGUUAGUGGAAAACAAUCUGAUUCUGAAUAUGAGGAUGUUACUAUUGAUUUUGCUGAUUUUCCGUAUUAUGGCCAAUUGAUUGAUAUGGGUUUUGAAAUCAGUCUAAUUAAUAGAUGCUUUCAUAAAUUUGUAGAACCUACCUUUGGAUCAACAGAUGUGAACACCAGAACUCAGGAAAACAUGAUCAUGUGGCUCUUUGAAGAACAAGAAAGACAAUCAACAAUGCAAGAUUUCAUACCACCUCGAGAUGGUGUGAUUGGAUCAUUGUUUGACAAUACGUGCAUUCCAUGUUCAGUCGAUGAUGAAAAACUUUCAAGUAAGAGGAUUGUCAAGAAAAAGAAAGCUCAAAAACAACCUAAUUUACUCUUUGUAAUGCAAAAAUUAUUUUCUUACAUGAUGGCUAUUGAGAAACCUUCAAUUGAAACUACAGAGCUAACGGAUGCAUUUGGAUGGAGAUCUAGGCAAGUUUCUGUACAACAUGAUAUUCAAGAAUUGAGUAGAGUAUUUUUCAGUGCUUUGGAAACUAAAUUGUCCAAAAUGAAAAUUGACAAUUUUAUUAAGAACACCUUUGCAGGAGUGUCUGUAAAUAAGAUUGUCUGCAAUGAAUGUGGAAAUACAAGCUGUGUAAAAGAGGAUUUCUACGAUAUUACUAUCACUGUAGAAAAUACUUUGAGAGAAAGUCUUGAAAAAUUUGUUGAAGUUGAACGAUUCGAAGGAAACAACAAAUAUUCAUGUUCUAAAUGUAACAAGCAGGUGGAUCUUGCAUUUAGAAACACAUCUUUGAGAGCUAUCCCACCAAUAAUAUUCUUUAGCUUGACAAGAUUUGAUUAUGACUUCAAAACCGAGUCCAGAAUUAAAAUUAAAAAGGAAAUCAAAUUUGAAUCAGUACUAGACAUGUCACCAUAUAAAGAGUACCCAGGUGAACCAGAGGAGUAUGAAUUAAUAGGUAUAAUUAUACACAGUGGUAGUCCAUAUAGUGGACACUACUAUUCCUUAAUUCAUGAUCAUUUAAUGGAGGGAAGAACUGGAUUAUUGGAAGAGGAGGACACUUCUAAUGAAAAGAAAAAGAAGAAAUUUGCAAUGGAGUUCGAAGGACAAACUCAUUGGUUCGAGUUUAAUGAUGAGAGAGUUUUUGAAAUCGAUCCAAAGGAGGAAAUUCCAAAGUAUUAUGGUGGAAAGGGAGCCUCUGCAUACAUGUUGGUCUACAAACGAAAGGAAAUGGAUUUCGAAAAUACCAAGUUUGAUUUUCCAAUACCAUCUUAUUUCAAAGAUGAUAUUGAUAGGGAGAAUGAAGGAAUUAAAGUAAUGAGAGAAUAUCAGGAACAACAGGUUGACAUGAAGAGGCAAACAGACUCUCUUAGAGAAAAUACUGGAACAGCUGUAGUUUAUCUUCCAAACUUUUUCUCCGUGGAGAAGAAUCAUCUAGCACCAAUCAACUUAUCAGACUUGAAGAAUUUAUAUAGAUCUUUCGAAUUUCAUUACGAUUCUAACAUAGAUGAAUUUUAUCAAAUCACUAGAGAAAAGUUUGGUGAUAAGCUUGGCGAUACAUUCUCACUCCGAGUGCUCAACAAGGAAGGAAAAGUUUAUUCCAUUUCAGACCAAACGCUUCCUAAAAACUCUGACGAUGAUGAUUUAGUGAUCAGAAAAUAUUGCGAUAAGGAGUCAAAAUAUUUGUAUCUUUUGGUUCUGCCUAGUGAGGAUCAAUCAGAUCACUCAGUAUCAGAUCCAAGAUUCAACCUUAGCACACCUGAAAAAUUGACUGUCACUUGUGCCAUGUAUGAAACACUUACGGAUUCUAACAUUUUCGAUAUUGAAUACCGAGUAGAUAUGUCAAUUGGAGAUGUUAUCAGACAGGCCAAAAUAAGAAUGGGUUAUAUUGAUGACCUUCCUUUAAAGGCAUACCUCAGAUAUAAGAACAAAAAGCCAAUAUUUGUAACAGAUAUGAACAAGAAAAUGCUAAACUUUUUGGAUGGCUUUGAUUCCAUAGGGCUAGAAUUUGAAUUCAAUGAAUUCUCUAUAAUAGAGGAAUUAUAUCAGGAGUUGGAAAGACAAAAGCAUAACGUCAAGGCAGCUCUAACCAACGAAGAUUGUGAAGAUAUUGUAAUUGUAAAGUUUGGAGAUAGAGAAAAAAUUGUACGAGUGGAUUUGAAUUUCACUCUGGAACAACUCAAGAAGAAAAUUCUCGAUGAAAUGUUCUCUUCUCAUUGUAUUGUAUCAGAAUUGCAUAAAUAUGGAGGUGAAAAUUGGAUUAAAGAAUGUGUGAUGUUAAGAAAGCAAAAGAAGCAAUUCUUUAAAAACGAGGAUUCUACAAAGAGUCUCUCUGAUUUAGAUAUUGGUGAUGGAGAAAGAAUAGAGAUUAUUAUCAAGCUUUCCAUAGAAAAGGAGGUCGAUAUCAAGUUCAUUGAAAUUGAAGCCAAGAAUACUGGCUAUGAUGAAACGACUGAACGCCCAAUAUUCAACUAUCUUAACAUGUUCGAGUUAAAGGUUGACCAAGAGGCAUCUCUUAAAAUAAUCAAAUCUAAACUAUCCCAAAAGUUCAAAAAGGAAAAUUGGCAGUAUGACAAUGUCUAUAAUUUCAGAUUUAGGGGAUGUCAUAACCAAAGACCUCGAGAAAUUAUAAAGGAUGAAGAAACUCUCCUCUCUACCUUAUUGAUCGAACAAACAAAUGAAAAGACAAUAUAUAUUGAAAUUGGAAAGCCUCCUUUGAAUAACCAAAUACAUGUCAAAGUUAAUUUGGUUCACAACUUCCCACCAAAAACUUGUUCCUCAAGAAUAUUGAAUGAGAAUGAAAACCAAAUUUAUCACCAUACCAAUAUAACAGCUUCUGAAAGUUGGUCUUUGGAGUUCUUGAAAAUUUAUUUACUCAAAACUCUUGAUGCUUUCAAGAGUGUAGAAAAUAUCAAAUAUCUUCAAAUAAGAGAUUGCACUUUCACUGGAGGUUUCAAGAGAAUGACCAAGGUUUACUCUGAUAAAAUUCACUUGAACAAAUCUCUUGGAAAGCUAAGAUGGAGAGAUACUAAGGUAAUUGCCGUAAAGAUACUAACGGAUAAUGAUGUCGAUGUUUAUGAAAAGCUGUCCUCUGCUCCUGAGGUUAUUGAUCCAAAGGCAAAGAAGAAGAAACUUGUUAUUCCUCCACCACUUCAUAUCAUUGUAAGAUUGAGAAAGAUCGUUGAGAGAGGGUCAGAAAGUAAUUUUGAAUAUAUGGAAGCUAAGGAGUUGAUUGUAAAUAUUUCUCAAAUUUCAUCAUGGGAUACUGUAGACACUUUCAAAGCAGGAAUUCUCUCAAUUUCUGAUACUUCUGGAUCAGUAUCUGAAUUCAUAGUGUCCAAAUUCAGCUUUGGUGACAGUAGAAUCAUUAGAAUAGAAGAGGAUAAACCAAUAGAAAAAGUCGAAGAACAUGGAGAAAUCAAAAAACCAGUUCACUUAAUGAGAAGAAUCAAUCUCAGUGAUGGCGAUGUAAUUGUACUAACUUAUUUAUCAGAUUUUGAAAAGGAUGAAAUCAUGAAAGUCCAUUCAACCUCUCUCCAAGAUUAUGAAAUUGAGAGAAGUUCAUCCAAAGUGAAACAAGAUGAUGAUUUCUUUGGAUUUAUGAAUUCAGGAAAGAAUAGAGCCAAAGAAGAGGCCUUGCAAAUCCUUUUGGAAGAUAGCGAUGAUGAAGAUAGUGAUGAUGUAGAAUAAAAUGUUGUAAUCUAUUUAUUAUUC